GCGAAGUGCUCUGACCCACUCAUCAUGAUCAAGUUCGCGCAUAGUACUCAACCCAACAAGUCGACGGACAACUUAGAACUCAGAAGGGCUCAACAUUUCCUUCUUUCCACAAGUUUCAGUCCUCCCCCAUCAAGGAACUGUUCUUCUGUUCGGUUCGAUCAAAGCUUAGAAUUGAAAAGCCACGACGAUUCACAAGCACAUUCGGCAGCCAGCUCCCUGACGUGUCCACGGCAUUCGAGAUCUUCUGAAGAACCUGUUGCUCUGGAUUCAAAUGCACAGAUACUUACUUCAUUGCCACGAGUUGGAGCCUGCUGCCAUCCGAAUAGAAAGAAACUUAUAUGUGCUUGCAUGGAAGGGCCUUUCUUUCGGCAGAAAUCAAACCACAGGGCGUCAAAGUGCUCUAAUAACCCAGCGCUCAAGAGCCUCACGCUGCCUUCCUCCCCAUGCGUGUGGGAGGCCACUAGGUCACCCAUCCUUCAUGUGUGUCCUCGCAGAAGCCGGUGGCCAUCCCACAUGUAUCUCCAUUCUUGAUGGGACAGUACCGUCUCCGACCACGAUUCAGCGGGUGUUGGUGGAAUCUGAAUCUCAUUAAUGGCGUGCUUGAGCCAACGCGGACUCCGACCUAUUUUGCUGCAAUGCUGUCACUGUGUGUCAUGAUCAAAGCGACCCCCCCGAUCAUAAUUCAGAUCGAUGGGUUGAUCAUGAUAUCAGCGCGCACCUCAAUCUCGACCUUCCUCAGUCUUUCCCCUCACCCCACUUCCACCUCAAUCUCGAUCUCGAUCUCGGCCUUGCCCCCCAAUUUUUGGCCGCUGUGCAGUGUGUGUCAAACUUGAGCUAUCAAAGCGUUCCAAGAUCAUAGAACCGUUUGCGGACCCUGGUGCAUGAUAUGGCAGUAUGAAAUCACGGCGAGUCGGACCUUGCUGACCUCGAUCUACUAGCUCCGAAUGGAACUGACCUCGUUCGAUUUCGAUUUCUCAUCGCUCAGUACUGUCACUGGGAUCUGUUAGAAUUAGGUUAUAUGUUUGGAGUUCCCAACUUGUGCUCAACAAUAUAAAGGGGAAACUCCUUCAGGCUUCAACCGAACAUCCCGUACCCCGCAACUCCAACCUCUCAGCUCCGCCUUCAAGUUUGUAAACAACGUGACCACUCGAAGGUUCACGGUGGCCGCAACGCCGACUGUAUGUGAUUGUGAAGAUUCUCCUUUCCUCUUGUAUGUAAUGUUAUCCGAAUUCCGAAACCUAUCCCUAGAGAGCA